AUGACGCUGAGGAGUGGCAAGGAACUGGAAGGGCCUAAAGUGGGAAACUCAAAAAGCAAAAGUGAGGAGGAGAUAGAAAAGGAAAUUGAGGAGGAAGGACGUGUCAAUGAGUUAGUUUUUCCUGCAGACUUCUAUGUCUUAGAUAUGGGAGAUGAAAAAGCAUUAAAUCCAUCACCUAUUUUGCUAGGUAGACCAUUUUUAAGCACUGUUAGGACGAAAAUAGAUGUGAAUGAGGGUAUUUUGUCGAUGGAGUUUGAUGGUGAAAUUGUAAAUUUCAAUAUCUUUGAUGCGAUGAAAUACCCGGAUGAGGCUAACUCUGUUUUUGCUUUGUGCAUUAUUGAACCUCUUGUACAGGACACAUUUGAAUUGAAUAGGGGCGAUGCACUGGAAGUGGCAUUGGCCAAACAUCUCGAGUUGGAAGCAACUCUUGAUGUAGAAAUAAGUGAUGAGCUAUACCGUGCAAUUGAAGCACUGCAUUCGCUCCCACCACUCUCCCCAAGGUAUGAGUUUACUUCUCUCUUUGUAUCAGAAACUCAGCCAAAAUUGUUGCCUUCUAUUGUGCAGGCACCUGAGUUGGAGCUCAAGCCUCUCCCGAAGCACUUGAAGUAUGCAUUUCUCGGAGAUAAUGAGACGUUACCAGUCAUCAUAUCUGCUCACCUGUCACCAAGACAAGAAGAUGACCUUAUUCGUCUUCUUCGAGACUAUAAGGAAGCGAUUGGGUGGAGCGUAGCAGAUAUCAAGGGAAUUAGCCCCUCUUUAUGCAUGUAUCGGACCCGGCUUGAGGAGGAUGCGAAACCAGUGAGGCAAGCGCAACGGAGAUUGAACCCACUGAUGAUGGAAGUGGUGAAGAAGGAGAUACUUAAACUCCUAGAAGUGGGGAUCAUCUUCGCCAUCUCAGAUAGUCCUUGGGUGAGCCCAGUGCAAGUAGUCCCGAAAAAGGCGGGAGUAACAGUUGAAGAGAACCAAGAGGGUAAGAUGGUCCCGGUGAGGAAACCCACAGGAUGGCGCCAGUGCAUUGACUAUCGGCGUCUGAAUGCUGUGACGAAGAAGGACCACUUCCCUCUACCUUUUAUUGAUCAGAUGAUAGAGAGGUUAGUUAGUCGUGUCUAUUACUGUUUUCUUGAUGGUUUCUCAGGUUAUUUCCAGAUCGCGAUAGCACCAGAGGACCAGGAGAAAACUACAUUCACCUGCCCCUUUGGUACUUUUGCCUAUCGGAGGAUGCCUUUCGGCCUCUACAAUGCUCCAGCUACUUUUCAGAGGUGUAUGGUAAGUAUAUUUUCUGAGUAUGUAGAAAAGAUUAUUGAGGUGUUUAUGGAUGAUUUUAGUGUUUAUGGAGAUAGUUUUGAUGAAUGCCUGGAUAAUUUAGCUUUAAUUUUGAAGAGGUGCAUUGAGGCAAAUUUAGUUUUAAAUUGGGAAAAGUGUCAUUUUAUGGUGGAUCAUGGCAUUGUUUUAGGGCAUGUAGUGUUGGCCAGAGGUAUAGAGGUAGACAAGGCAAAAGUCGAUAUUAUUUCUGCUUUACCUUACCCCGCAAGUGUGCGGGAGGUGCGCUCCUUUUUGGGUCAUGCAGGGUUCUACUGGAGAUUCAUCAAAGAUUUCUCCAAAAUUGGAGCGCCCCUGUUCAAACUGUUGCAAAAAGAUGUAGCAUAUGACUUCACCGAGGAGUGCAAGGUGGCAUUUGACAGAUUGAGGGAGUCAUUGACAUCACCACUUGUUAUCCAACCUCCAGACUGGAGCAUCCCGUUUGAGAUAAUGUGUGACGCGAGUGACUAUGCAGUGGGGGCGGUGUUGGGGCAACGGAUUGGCAGAGCUGCUCAUGCAAUCUACUAUGCAUCUAAAGCGUUGAAUGGAACUCAACUCAACUACUCUACAACAGAGAAAGAAUUGCUAGCUGUGGUUUUUGCACUAGAAAAAUUUAGACCUUACUUGUUAGGUGCAAAAGUAAUAAUUUUUUCUGAUCAUGCAGCUUUGAGAUAUUUGAUGACAAAAAAAGAUGCUAAACCAAGGCUCAUCAGAUGGAUCCUGCUUCUUCAAGAGUUCAACUUGGAGAUUAAGGAUAAAAAUGGGGCAGAAAACUUAGUCGCUGAUCACUUGAGCCGCCUGCUUGCUCAUAAGGAGGAGCCACCAUUGAGGGAGGCAUUUCCAGAGGAACAACUACUUGCUAUUAACUCGUCUGUACCCUGGUAUGCCGAUUUAGUAAAUUUCUUAGUGACUAAUCAAUUGCCUGCAGGGUGGCCAAAGGCUAAGAGAGACAAGUUGAAGAGUGAUGAUAAAUAUUACAUUUGGGACGACCCGUACCUUUGGGGACAUGUUCGGAUCAAGUGCUCAGGAGUGGAGAUCCAAAGUUUAAAAACAGAGAAAAAGUUCGUGGUGAAUGGCCAUCGUCUCAAACCUUAUUAUGAGGGGUUCUCUGUUGAAGAAGUAGAAGUUGAACACCUCCAAGAUCCACUUUACCAUGCUUGA